CUAUUUCACGAUGGGCGAUCGGUUCAACAUGACAACGGACAUCAAGGAAGCAUUCCGACGGUCUCUCCGGACGGUGAAAGAUUGGGCACUAACCACUCCACGACUCUCCAAGAGCAGCUACAUCUUCUUUAGGAGCUAUUCUCCAUCGCACUACGACAACGGGACAUGGGACACAGGUGGCUCCUGCGCGAACCAAUGGGAUCCGCUAACGAUGAUUGCCAGUGAGAGUGACCAGCAGGAGCACUUGUGGAUCAACACAAUGAUUUCGAGUGUGGCACGGAGCAUGAGGAGACGACAUGGGAUGAACAAGGAUGUGGUUUUCUUGAACAUAACGUACAUGACAGGCUUGAGAAGGGAUGGACACCCGUCGCGGCACCGGGAGCCAGAGACGCCAUCGGAUGCCCCAGAGGAUUGCAGCCACUGGUGCCUCCCAGGUGUGCCGGACACGUGGAACCAGAUGAUGUACGGGCACCUCGUGUCCUUGGGAUAUGACACGAGGUCAAUUAAAACAUAGGUAGAUGCAUGAUAUAUAUGUGGUUGUGAGCAUGUAUGUUGUU